AUGAAUCCAAGAAACCUUCUCGUUUUCUUCAUCUUCCCCAUAAUCUCGACCAUGGCGUCGCCGGGAAACGUGGACCUCAGUUUCCCGUCCUUCUCCCUCCGUAACCUAACCCUCCUCGGCGAUUCUUACCUCCGCGGCGGCGUCGUCGGUCUCACGCGCGAGCUCACCGUCCCGUCCUCGAGCUCCGGGUCGGCAAUCUACAACAACCCGGUUCAAUUCUUCGACCCGGAGACCAACACCACGGCCUCCUUCUCCACCAGGUUCUCCUUCUCCGUCAACAACGUCAAUCCAGCGUCGUUUGGUGAUGGGCUGACCUUCUUCCUCUCCCCGAACGACCGCGCACUGGGCAGCUCCGGCGGGUACCUGGGCCUCUUCAAUUCGUCCCAAUUGACCAAGAAUCGGUUCAUCGCCGUUGAAUUCGACACCCGCCUCGAUUUGCACUUUGGCGACCCGGACGACAACCACGUUGGCCUUGACAUCGACAGCCUCAUCUCGGUGAAGACCGCGAAUCUGGAUUCGACGGAGAUUGCGCUGAAGAGCGGGAACGUGAUUACGGCCUGGAUUGAUUAUUCCAACGACAGAAAGAAAUUGGAUGUUUUCUUGAGCUACUCGAGCUUCAGGCCCGAAAGCCCGAUCCUGGCCGUUGAUAUUGAUCUCUCCACUUAUCUGAAGGAGAUUCUGUUUGUAGGGUUUUCGGCUUCUACCGAGGGAAGCACCGAGAGGCAUUACAUCCAGAAUUGGGAUUUCCAAACCCUAGGGUUUCGGCCCGCCCGCCCAAGGAUCCACCCCCACAACGUCUCCCAGAACUCUGUCCCGUUAAAACCAGAGAUUCCGGUUUCAAAUUCCGGCAACAGGCAUCACAAGCGGCUCGGUUUGGCUCUCGGGAUCGGUUGCCCGUCUUUUGUUUUUCUAUCCCUCGUGAUUUUUGGCUUUGUCUCGAUGAAAAAAUGGAGGGGAACGAAAAACGACAAGAACCUGAAAGCAGAGGUCAUGGCCGGGCCAAGGCAGUUUAGCUACAAGGAACUGAAGCUUGCCACAAAAGGGUUCAACCAGGGCAGGAUUCUGGGGCAUGGGGCUUUCGGGACUGUGUACAAGGCAUAUUUUGUGGACGUGGGCAUGUUAUCGGCUGUUAAGAGAUCCAAACACACGCACGAGGGCAAGAGCGAGUUUUUAUCGGAGUUGUCGAUAAUAGCCGGGCUAAGGCACAAGAACCUUGUCCAGCUCCAGGGCUGGUGUGCUGAGAAAGGCGAAUUACUGCUAGUUUAUGAGUUCAUGCCUAACGGGAGCUUGGACCACGUGCUGUACCAGAAUGGUGAAAAUGGGAACCCAUUGAAGUGGUGCUACAGGUACAACAUUGCAGUCGGGCUGGCCUCGGCCCUGACCUACUUGCACCGAGAAUGCGAACAGCAGGUAAUCCAUCGCGACAUAAAGACGAGCAACAUAAUGCUCGACGCUGGUUAUAACGCGAGGCUGGGCGAUUUUGGGCUGGCUCGGCUCAUGGACCACGACAAAAGCCCGGUUUCAACUCUCACAGCUGGGACCAUGGGGUAUCUGGCUCCUGAGUAUCUCCAGUACGGGAAAGCAACGGAGAAAACCGACGUUUUUAGCUAUGGGGUCGUUAUACUCGAGCUGGCUUGUGGCCGGAGGCCGAUCGAACGGGAAGGGGAAGGGCAGAGGAUGGUGAAUUUGGUGGACUGGGUUUGGAAACUGUAUUCGGAAGGUAAAAUUUUGCAGGCUGCGGAUGGGAGAUUGAGGGGCGAAUUCGAGCAGGCCGGGAUGAAAAGGCUGCUGCUCGUGGGAUUGAGUUGUGCAAACCCGGACUUUGCCGAGAGGCCCUCGAUGAGGAGGGUUUUGCAAAUCCUGAAUAAUGAGGCGGACCCUGUGGUGGUGCCGAGGAAAAAGCCGAGCCUUACUUUCUCGAACAGUAUUCCUUUGAGUAUCGAUGAGAUUGUUUCGGAUUGCGAGAGUUGCGGGUCUGAUGAUUCUCGGUUGAAGAUCAGAGUUGAUUGA